ACCUGAGUUUCGCGCGUAGAUCUUCUGCAGCUCCGUGUGUGUGUGUGUUGGUCUGCAGAGCUGGACCCUGGAUACGGCCCCUGAUCUAUCGGACAAGCGGGGGAAAAUGAGACGUCGGCCCCGCAGCAGGAGUCAAACCCACGGAACAAGAUGAUCAAGCAGCUUCUCUUGGUCCCGGAAGGCUCCGACGGUUCAGAGGGAAGCUCCGCCGCCGGGACCCUCACCCUGCAGACCGCCCUCAACGAGGCCGCCUCCGUGGAGCCGCAUGACGGCCUGAAGUUCCCUGCGCCUCCCGGGCCCUCCACCACCACCACCACGACAACCGGCCCGGGGCAGCAGCCAUGUCAACGCGAACAAGCCCAGGCAAAGAGAAGACUGGAGCUGGAAGUCGGUGACCCCCAGGAUGAAGGCGGGACUGCCAAAGCCAUGAGGCCCACGGCCCCUCUUUGCAACACAGAAAAACAGAAACCCUUGCAUCCAGGUCCCGCCCCCAAUCCCCGAACAGGCAUGUCUCGGAUUGAGAAGUCGCGCAAUGACACCUCACUCUGUUUGCUGACACGGAGGUUUAUAGAGCUGCUAAAGAACUCCUCCAAUGGCGUGAUCGACCUAAACUCAGUCACCAUUCAGCUCAAUGUCGCCAAGAGACGUAUCUACGAUAUCACCAACGUCCUUGAGGGGAUCCGGGUCAUCAAAAAGAAGUCUAAAAACAAUAUUGAGUGGAUGUAUGCUCCACUCAGUAGAGAAGAAGCUGAAGAACUGCAGGCUCUCAGUGAGCAGGAGAGGAAGCUGGACGAGGCGAUUGAAAUCUGUAUGUGCAAAGUUCAGCAGAUGUGGCAGAACGGGUACAAUCAGAGAUUUUCCUAUUUGACCUAUGAGGAUGUUCAGAUGAUCCCCAGUCUGAAAGAACAGACUGUGAUUGUGAUCAAAGCUCCUCCACAGACAAAACUGGAGGUCCCACAUCCAGAGGAGAGGCUCCAGGUCCACCUCCGAAGCACCCGGGGGCCCAUUGAUGUGUUCUUCUGCUCCGAUGACCCCUCUUUGGUCAGCAGAGAUGUCUCUGUGGCCAAUGGCAGCCACUCGAAGUUGUCCACCAGUAGGAAUGACUCGGUCCCAGUUUCGCCUGACUCGUCCUUCGCCAAGGUGUCUUCCAAAGAUGACGCUAACAAUACACCCGGAAUCAAUAGUAUCCGCAACACGCUGUCCGAUCCGACACAACAUUCAUCACCGGUUACUGUUGCCCCCACCUCCCUCGCGCCCGCCUCCCUCACCUCCCUACAACCCCCCUCGGAAGACCAGCAGAGCUUUGUCCCUCUCGCCUCACCCGUGGCCUUCUCUGUUGAUGGAGAGCAGUACCUCGUGAGCCUGGCUGACAACGAGGGCAUCACUGACCACUUCUCCUCUGUCGACCUGGGGCAAUUUCCAGUGAAGAUGCCCCUUGUCUGAGCAGCUGUUCUUAUUGAAAUAAUCAAUAAUUCUGGCGGCAGUGGAUACCUUCACACAAACAGGAUAUCACAGGGAAUUCUAAUGAAAGUACUGCUCCGAAUAUGAUUUAAAAAAAAAAAAAAAAAAAUCCAAAUUUACCUAUCCUGGACAAUGUAACUCUGGUUUACUCACACUCAGGUAUGUGAAGGUAGAUGCAACACAAAAACAUUACAGGGGAGCUUUAUUGCAAUGACCAUAUUGUUCUGAAUACUAUGGUAGACGUCCUUACGACUUGUGGACUUAAAGGAAACUGUGGAUCAAAGUUCCUGUCGUGAACAUGAAGGAUCUUUCUCGACACAGCCAGAAGAUUUAACCGUCCGUUUGGCGUCAUUAUCUGCUGAGUUUCCUGUUUUAAAAACUCCUGACACUUUUUUUGGACUUCAAGGAAAAAGUUCCACAGUGGAUGGUGAUUGUGCAUACCACAACUGCAUGUUUAAUAAUUUCUUUUUUUUCUCCUUAUUUUGAGACUGCUGCUGAUGAUCAAUAAUACAAAAUUACAUUUCUGUGCCUCAUUCCCAAGGGUUAAUCCCUCAUCACUUUGCACUGACAUGGAAAUACUUGUCUUGGGUUGCCUGUCGUGUGAUGCACUGAUCCAUUCUUCUCUCAUCUUAUCUCAACAAAGGAUCGUGGCAGAUACCAAAUGCUGAUCUGUUUAAAAAUCUGUAUAUCUCACAGAAUUGUAAUAGUUGUGAUCUGAGGUAUAUCGAGGCUGAGGAAGGCUGCAGCUCUAACAACUGAAGUGAUGCCUCAUGUCUGAAUAAUAUACCUGGUAUUGGAUACACGGAAUUUAAUAACACUGACAAACUGUAUGUAAUGGGGAUCAGUCAUUUAUAAGGUAUUGGAUUGGUGCUUUCCUGUCAGCUAUGCAAAACAAACUACAGCAUAGCUCAGUCUGUCUGACUUUUGGCUUCACAGUUUUCUCAGGGCUCUGGGACCUUUUGCUAGAAGUGCAAUUUUUUAUAUUUGUUUGAAUCAAAAAUGUUUAUGGCAUUUCCCAAAGUUUGACAUUAUACAUUUUGAGUUCAUGAUUUGAUAACACUUCUUUUGUAUUUAGUCUACUUCACAUUGCACGAUUUUCAGCCCGAUUGGCCAGUUGCUGAUGAGUUUUGCAAGUGGCCGACAAACCCCUUCGAUCGGCAAUCACUAUGUGUGAACUCCUCAAAGACGCGAUUAGAGAGGCUCGCUGACGCGUCGAAGACUCUUAUGCCUUUUUAUAGAUAUAACCUCCAAAACUGAACGAGUUCGGGUUGUGCUCGGUUAUUUUUCUCUUGGCCUCAGAUGAGUUCGGACAGAAAUAUGUGGCCCAAGCUGUUCUCUAUUCUUUACAACUGUGACGUCCACAGAACCGUUUCACUGCCUCCACUUUUAUUCUGAAGCGGGAUGACACAGAAGAGCAGGAGAUUCACUGGGAUCCCUGUGUCUUGUGUGUGUUUUCGUGAUUAGAUUUAGUUUGCGGACCAUUCGGGAGUUCCUCCUGAACUCAGUAUAACUGCAAGACCUCAGAUUACAAGACAGUCAUGUUGUGUGAACUACCCAGUGAGUCGUAAUGUAUCUACUCAAUUUUGGUGGCGAAGAGUCAUCGGGCUCUCCAAUUCACCGACUGCUUUUUGAGACGUUAAACAUCCCAGCAAGUUAUUUUCUGAGGUACAGAUGCAGCCUGUCAUCAACCCUGUUGCUGUUGAUAAACACAACAUUAUUUGGCUACACUGUGACUUGGUACCAACUUAACUGAUAAAUCUCCUUUCUGUAGAAAAACCUGUCCUUGAUCAUAGAGACUGCAGCUCUUGUAGUGUCAAAUCAACCUUGGAGAGUGAAAGGUUCCUGAUGAAGUUUUGAGUGACCUUUAAGGCUUAAGCUUCUCCUUUGAGUGCUGCUUAAACUAAAAAUGUGAAAACUACAGGAAAAUAAAUCUUAUCAAUAUAUGAAAAGGUUGUCAUUUAUCCUUAAAACCUACUUCAGAAAGAGCCAGACCUUUGUUGUAGAGCUGAAAUAAUAACAGAAAACCACUCUCCAACCAUUUUCCUAAUAUAUACAAUUUAAUUUAAUAAUUUUAAAACAAAAAAUUCAAAAUAUUUGCUGGUCCGAGCUUCUUAAAUAUGAGGAUUUGAUGCUUUUUGGGUCAUACAUGAGACAUCUUUGGAUCUGGUCAAUUAUAACAGGUUUUUUUUGUUAUGUUUCAACUUAAUAAACAACAACAACAAUUAUUUGUAUCUAUGAUACAAAUAAUUGUUGGGUGCCAGCUUACUGUCAGAAAUUGACAAGUUCACACUUUGAAUCCUUGGACCAUACGUUGAAGUUCAAGCUGGUUAAAGAAUGAUCGACUCCACUGGUGGGUUUGUGUGUAAUGUCAUUAAGGAAACUAACACAGGGCAGUUUUGAGCAUUCUUGAGGAUGCGACACUAAAGGUCUAAUGUCAGCAUGUUGUGCUUUUUUUUUUUUACCUGCUCUUCAGAGCUUCCACGUCAUGGAUUUUCUUAUUUACAGUUUUUGAUAAUCUCAGUUGAAAAUGAGUUUGCAUCACGAGUGCUGUGCACCAAAGUUGUGCCCACGGACCUUGAGGGCUAAAUGGCUGAUAUGUGAAGGUAAACUGACUGUCAAGCUGAAAUAAAUGCCUGUUCACAUGAGCUCACACUGUAUAUUCACUUAUUGUUACUACUUGUAUUUCAGCAGUUACCCAUAAAGACAAUGAUAAUGAGGUGAUUCAUGUUCUCAGAGACGUCAGAGGUAUAACAAUAGUUAUUACAAUAUAAAAAAGGUUGAAUGUAUAUUGAUAUAUUGCUUAUGCAUUGUGUAAACACAGUGUGGAGGUAUAACACAUCUACCUCAGAUUUAUAAAAUGUUUUUUUUCUGUUUGUUGACUGUCAUUCUCAGCUCAUAAAUAAAUCGUGAUAAUUAUCAA